CACGUGGGCGGCCAUGGCGGAGCCCAAGCUCCGCGUGAACGCGGCGUUCGCGGAGCGCUACGGGCGGUACCGGCGGCGGGAGGAGCUGCAGCGCCUGCGGGACCGUUACGGCGACACCGCGGCCAGCGGCGACAGCGACAGCGACAGCGACAGCUCCGAGUCCAGCGGGGACGAUGUGGCCCGGGACCCCCGGCAGGAGCGGGAGUUCUACCGGACGCUGGCGCUGCUCAAGACCCGCGACCCCCGCAUUUACCGGGAGGACACCACGUUCUUCACCCGCCCAGAAUCCGAGGAGGAGGAGGAGGAGGAGGAGGAGGAGGGGGAGGAAGAGCGGCCGGCCAAGCCGAUGUUCCUGAAGGAUUACGAGCGGAAGGUGGUGCUGGAGAAGGAAGGCAAAUACGUGGACGAGGAGGAUGAGGAGGAUGAGGAGGCGGGCGGCCAGGAGGAGGAAGGCCGAGGCCUCCCAGAGCUACGUGGAGGAGCAGCGGGCGCUGAAGGAGAGCUUCCGAGCCUUCGUGGCCGACAGCGAGGAGGAGGAGGAGGAGGGGGGGGGAGGGGCCCUGCUCCGGCCGCGGGAUCGGUCCCGGGAGGAGAAGGCUCAGGAGGAGGAGCAGUACCUGCUCUGGCUGCGGGGCCAGGCCGAGGCCCCCCGGAGCCGCUGCAGGACCUGGAGCCCCUGCAGAAGUUCUGGUCGGACCCGGCGCUGGAGCGGGGCGAGCGAUUCCUGCGCGAUUACCUGCUGGGCAACGGCUGCGGGCAGCACCAGGACGAGGAGGAGGAAGAGGAGGGGGACGAAGGAUCGCCCCUGCCCGCCCUGGAGGACUCCUCGGACGAGGGGGAGCAGUUCCUGGAGCGGCAGCAGGAGUUCGAGCGCCGGCACAAUUUCCGCUUCGAGGAGCCGGGGGCGGCUCAGAUCCAAACCUUCCCACGCCACAUCCCCACCUCGGUGCGGCGCCGCGACGAGCGGCGCAAGGAGAAGCGGGAGCAGAUCCGGGAGAGGAAGAGGAAGGAACGGGCCCGGCGCAGGGAGGAGCUGAAGCAGCUGAAGAACCUGAAGCGGCAGGAGCUGGCCGCCCGCAUCGCCCGCAUCCGCGACGCCUCCGUCGACGCCUUCGGCCUCACCGACUCCCUCCUCCAGGAGGAUUUCGACCCCGCCCGCCACGACCGGCUCAUGGCCGAAUGGUUCGGGGAGGAAUACUACGGCCGGGGGGAGGAGGAGAAGCCGCAGUUUGAGGAGGAGGAGGGGCUGGAGGAUGAUUGGAACUGGGACGCCUGGACGGGGCGGGAGGAGGAGCCGCACUGCGAGGACCCCGACUUCGUGAUGGACGCCGAUUACGUCCCCGAGCCCCCCCCCGACCCCGCGGCCCCCCCGGGCCGGGCCCCCCCCGAGGUGACCUUCGGGAAGAGGCGGCGGCGGACGCGGUUCCGGGAGGCCCUGGAGAGGGAGAAGCCCCCGUUCGACCCCGCCUCCGGCCCCUUCGAGCAGUACCUGGACGAGUUCUACGGCCUCGACUUCGAGGACAUGGUCGGGGACCUCCCCUGCCGCUUCAAGUACCGCCGGGUGCUGCCCUGCGACUUCGGCCUCACCACGGACGAGAUCCUGGCGGCCGACGACAAAGAGCUGAACCGCUGGUGCUCCCUGCGCAAGACCUGCAUGUACCGCUCGGAGCAGGAGGAGCGGCAGGACCAGGCCAAUUACAGCCGGCGGGCGCAGAACCUCAGCAAGAAGCACCAGAUCCUGAGAUCCCUCGUGGCUGACCCCGAGGAGGUGGAGGCGGCGCCGGCGAAGCCGAAAUUUGGGAAGAAACGCCGGGAGAAGAGGAAGCGCCUGGAGGAGGCGGAAAAAAGGGGAGCCCCCCGUGGCCCCCCCCGCGGCCCCCCAAAAUCCCGGGGGUCCCCGGCGCCGGGGGGGCCCCCCCUGGGCGCGGCCGUGCGUUUGGGGGGCCGGGAGUUCAGCGGGAAGAGGCUGGAAGCCUUCGGCCUCAACCCCCGCAGGCUCCGGUUCCGGCAGCUCCGGCGGCAGCGGGGAAAGGAGGGGGGGGGAAACGUGGGGAGCCCCCGGAGAAACCCCGGAAAAAACCCCGGGAACACCGGGAAAAAUGCUGGGAGCACCGAGGAAAAACCCUGGGAAAAACGCUGGGAGCACCGGGAAAACAGCAGCCAUCAAUGGGAAAAAACAGAAACGCAGGAAAAACGCCCCAAACCCGCAGGAAAACACCUGAAAUCCCCGGGAAAAAACCUGAAACCCCCGGGAAAAAACCUGGAACCCCCGGGAAAAAACCUGGAACUCCCGGAGAAAUACCUGAAACCCCAGGAAAACACCAGAACCACCUCGAAAAGCUCCAGAAGUUCUGGAGAAGCACCAGAACCCGCCCAGAAAAGAACGAAAGCGCCGGGAGGCCGAGCUCGAUUCAAGUUGUCUUUAUUUGGGGGGGGGGGUCCUGAGCGGAGCAAUAAAUAACCGCCCCCCCACCCUGA